ACAAUCAGUCGCUGCUUUAUCUGUGCCGCUGCUGACACGGGGGUCGUUAGAUUUGCUGCUGGGAUUUACAUCGCUACUGAAUCGCUGCGGCAUCAUCAUGAUACGGGACUUGGGGAAAGUUGGCAAAGUCUCCCUGCUGCUGGAUCACAUCUGGACUGGGAUCCUUCUGUACACUGUGACCUUAACGCCUGCUGACUGUUACAAUAUAGAUGAAUCCAGCCCAAUGCUUUUUAAAGGGUCGCCCGGCUCCCUGUUUGGGUUCUCAGUGGUUCUUCAUAGUAAUGGGGAUGGGAACUGGAUUGUAGUCGGUGCCCCUCAGUCCAGCUGGACUACAAAAAACGUGAGCAAUCCUGGUGCUAUCCUAAAAUGCCGAAUUCAACAAAACCCAAAUAGGACAUGUGAUGGGCUGGAAAUGGGAAAUCAAAAUGGAGCUAAAUGUGGCAAGACCUGUAAGGAAGAGCAAGAUAACCAGUGGCUGGGUGUUAGUUUAUCUAGACAGCCAACAAAAGAUGGACAGAUAUUGGCAUGCGGUCACAGGUGGAAGAAUACACAUUUCAUGUUAAGUGACCACAAGCUUCCUUAUGGUGUAUGUUAUGGGAUUCCUGCUGAUUUCCGAACUGAGCUGAGCAAGAGGAUUUGCCCAUGUUAUAAAGAUCAUGUUCGAAAGUUUGGGGAUAGAUAUGGUUCUUGCCAAGCUGGGAUUUCUACCUUCUAUGUAGAGGAUGUAAUCAUUAUGGGGGCUCCUGGAUCAUUCUACUGGACAGGAUCUAUAUUUGUUUACAAUACUACUGAGAACACAAUCAAGUCUUAUGUGGAUUUGAACAAUGCUGUGAAGUUUGGGAGCUAUUUAGGGUACUCAGUAGGAGCUGGCCAUUUCCGGACCCCAAAUGGUUAUGACGUUAUUGGAGGAGCCCCACAACAGGAACAGACUGGUAGAGUAUAUAUAUUCACUUACGAAGAAAAACAACUGACUAUUUUAUUUGAAGCCGGAGGUAAAAAGCUUGGCUCAUACUUCGGGGCUGCAGUGUGUGCUGCGGAUUUGAAUGGCGAUGGCCUGUCAGACCUAUUGGUGGGAGCACCCAUACAAAGUACCAUUCGAGAGGAGGGGAGAGUUUUUGUCUACAUGAACACUGGUAGUGGAGCAAUGGAGGAACUUAAGUUUGAGCUUUCGGGCAGUGACUUAUAUGCAGCAAGAUUUGGAGAAACCAUAGCUAAUCUGGGGGACAUCGAUAAUGAUGGCUUUGAAGAUGUGGCUAUAGCAGCACCGCAAGAAGGAGACCUUGAAGGAGCAGUAUAUAUCUAUAACGGAAGGGAGAAAGGAAUAACACCCUCAUUUUCCCAGAGAUUACAGGGAAGUAAAUUUGGGUAUGGAUUGCGCAUGUUUGGGCAGUCACUUUCCAAUGUACUGGAUAUAGAUGGCAACGGAUAUCAAGAUGUAGCCAUUGGUGCUUUCCUGUCUGACUCCGCUGUGCUGCUCAGAACCAGACCAGUGAUCAUUAUUGAUGCGUUUCUCAAGUUGCCAAGCACUGUGAAUAAGACUAAGUUUGAAUGUAUGGAAAAUGGAGUUGCUGUUGUGUGCAUGAACGUCACCGUUUGCUUUGCCUAUCAAGGACUCGACGUACCAGGUUACAUAGUUAUGUUCUAUAAUAUCACAUCGGAUGUAAGGAGAAAAAGUGGUACCCCUGCACGAUUUUACUUUGUUUCCAAUGGAAGCUCAGAUGUGAUAUCAGGGACAGUCGAAAUCCGUCAGAAGUCUGCCAACUGUAAGACUCACCAAGCAUUCAUGAGAAAGGACAACAGGGAUAUAUUUACUCCCAUACACAUGGAAUCAUCCUAUUAUCUGGGGAAACACAUUGUAAGUAAAAGGAGUGCAGAUGAUUUCCAGCCUCUUCAGCCAGUUCUCCAGCAGAAAGAAGGAAAAGGAAAUGUCAUAACAAACAAGGUUUAUUUUGCAAGGUACUGCAAUUUACCUAACUGCUCAGCAGAUUUACAGAUAACUGGAAAACGCUCUUUCCCCAAGCCAUUUGAAGGUAAAACAUAUCUUGCUGUGGGUGGCAUGAAGAGCUUAAUGAUCAAUAUUACUCUCUUUAAUGGAGGAGAUGAUGCAUUCCAAACUGUUCUUCGGCUGAGACUCCCAAAAGGACUUUACUUUGUCAAAGUUUUUGAUCUGCUUGAGAAAGAGAUCAACUGUGCAGUGAAUAAAGAGGAAAAUGAGCAGACAAGGCUUGACUGCAGUGUUGGCCAUUUCUAUGUUGAUGCAUUUUCUAAGCAAGAAUUCUCAUUUCUCCUGGAUUCCAGCGCUCUUAUUAGAGCAGAAGAGGACCUAGUCAUUAAUGCUACUGUGGCCUGUGCAAAUGAAUUGACCCAAGACACUAUGUGGAAUAAUGAAGUCAGCUUCAUUGUACCAACCAGAUAUGAGAUCGAUCUCAAUGUAUUGGGAACUGUUUCUCCAUUUUCAUUUGUCUUUGGGCCUCGUGAAGAUAAACCAGAUGACUCUUGUAUAAUGGAAGAGAUAGAGUACACUUUCAAUGUCAUCAAUGCUGGAUCAAGUCUGGUUCCAGCUGCAAAGCUUCAGAUAUCGUUGCCUAACACAUUUGCUCCAAAUGACAUAAAGCUGUUUAAUAUUUUGGCUGUAAAGACAACAGUUGGCGAAUGCUAUUUUGACAACUCUACAAGGGACUGUGAAACACCAAAAAACACUCGAUCAAAAAUUGGUGAUCUAUUUGCAUUUUUUUCAAGACCAGACAAAAGAUGGUUGUAUUGCAUAAAAGAUGACCCUUCUUGCCUACAAAUUCUUUGCCUCUUUGGAGACAUGGAAAGGGAAAGCAAGGCCACUGUGGAAGUGCAACUUGAAAUCAGUCAUUCACAUUUAGAACGUGAUGAAGCUAUGCUAAUACAGUUUUUUACAACAGCUCAAGCAGGCUUUGAAGACAGUUUUAAGAUUAUCAACCUUAACCAGGAUCAUCAUGCAUAUGUUGUGUUGGAAGCCCUACAUAAUCUGAAGCCCAAAAAGCAUGUCAUCUAUAUGAUCAUUGGAAUUAGUUUACUAUUAGGAAUUCUUUUAUUUUCCUUAUUGACAUAUAUUUUAUGGAAGGUCGGUUUCUUUAGAAGAAAAUAUCAGCCCAUUGGCACAGAAGAGACAAGUAGAAGAGAAAGUUGGAACUAUUUAAACAAAGAUGAAAAAGAAGUAAAAUAAGAUAGAUAUAUUUAUCGAUGGAAAUGUGAAUUGAUGAAUGAAGAGAAUUAUUGAAGAUUUAUGAGUACUGCCCAUUUCAGUGGUAAUUUAUGAAGGGCUGACCUGCUUUUUGAGGACGAGUUUCUACUUUCAAAUGAAAAUGCACCGUUACCUCUUAAAUAAUACGUGUAUACAAGGAACCAGGGAUCUCAGGAAUUUAAUGAAAACAAAUGUUUUGAAGAACGUAUGACUUGAAGACAUUUGAUACUAUGGAGUUUCCCAAGAACCCACAAAGAUAUAAAGACAACACCUUCCUCAAUGAUCUAACAGUGCAAGUGCUGGUUGGAAAUGAUUUGCCAAAUCAGUUUGUGGUUCUUAGACUUUAUACCAGCACUGGCCACAGGCAUACAACCAGAUGGCUACUGAUUUCCCUAUGCAUACUCUGAUCAAUGAGUUAAGUAUGUUAAAAAUGUAUUGAGUGUUAUGAACUUGAUGGAUAUCACUCUGAACACUCCACUGCUUGAUUUUUUUUGGCUUGAAAACACUACUUUUGCAAAUUCAUAUCCUGCUGGGCCUUCAAGACACCUGCAGCCUAUCUAGGCCAUGAGCUUCUCAGUUCCAGCAUUACUAGGUCUGCCCAUGAAAGUUACAUUACCGGAUUUACCACUUAAUUCUGGAGUUUUCUCACAAGUGGCUGUUGCAAUAACUAAAUAGUUACUAUGCAGUUACUAUGCAAUGGCCUUUAAGGUGGAAAUAAGAUCAAGUCAGACUUAAAAAAUAUAACAGUGGUAUAUUUUAUAUCUUUAUCACUUUUGUGCCAUGAUAAGUCACUCUUACAAAUGCAUGCACUUUUUGAUGAAAAAUGUCAUCUGCCAAUAACAAUUCAAAAUGUACAGUUUACUUUUUGGCCUAACUAUGACUUAUAUUUCUUGAGUCAUUAUUAUGAAGACUUUCAGUAGCUGUUGUGCACUCAUUGUACAGGUGGGUAAUGUGUUUAUAUCUAAUAUAAUCACAUGUAGAAAUGAACAAAGAAA